AUGAGUGACAUCAAAAGUUACCAUAUGUGCAUCAUUGAGAAGGGGGAAGAAAAUUGCGGGCACCUAAUUGAAGCUCACAAGGAGUGUAUGAGAGCGCUGGGCUUCAAGAUAUGA